AGAUUUAACUAUGUCUGUGUUGAGUUUGCAGGAUGUCCUCCUCCAACGCAUUGACAAGUUUAGUGUAAUUCAGACAUUACUGUAUGGUAACAUUUUGUAGGAUACGUCGCCAAGUUAGUAUAACUAUUAGCUAACAUUAACUGGCAACGUUGUUUGGUUGCUGUUUGUGUUUCAGGCAAUGGAAUGCACUGACAUGAAUCUAUAUAACCUAAAAUGUGCUAAUUAAGCUAUUAAGAGUUAAAUCGUUAAAAUAUUACACAUUUAGCAAUGAGAAUUAAUUUGUUUUGAAACAGAUUUUGGGAACUAGGAUAUCCUAGCGAUAGCUGGCUUGACACAUUGUAGAUAGCUAACAUUAGUCAUAUUGUAAGCUGAAAACUAACUUUAAAUUACUCUGCAACCUUAAUAGCUAGGUAGCUAACUAGCCAUUUGCCUUAACCCGGCUCAUUAUAAGCAGUUGCAUCUUGGUAUCCACUGACUGGCAGACUUGACAUCAUUCAGUAGUUAACCUAUGAAAGUUACAAGCAACAACAUAUGCUACAUAGCAUACGAUGGCUAUCCAACGUUAUGCUACGUACCUCAACGUUAACAUUACACAGGGGCAUAUCAACUAGCUAAACUACCGCGGAGCUGUGAAAUGCAUUCAUUUGGAAUGAUUUAAUAAGUGUGCAACGUGAUGUAUGAUAACCAGGCUACCUAGAAAUUGAGCUACUUAUUGACACAGUGAGGCAUAACACACCAUGUUCUGUUCAUAUCCAUAUUGCACCACUAGAUGUCAGGGUUAGCAUAGUCUAUUGGCCCUCAGCCUGACAAUUCACCCUUUGCAUUGCUAAGAGGGUUUAUGCAAUUUAUCUUUUCAUUGCUAGGAAUGGAAUAUUGCUAUUUUCACGAGCAUCACUUACUGUUGUAAUAUUUUGUUUUCCAUGUUGUGAUAUCACUGAUGAGCAUGGCUGGUCUAAUGCACUGUUCCAUCCAUGCAUUUCUCAAAGGAUUCUGAUGAGCGCUUCGCCUUCCUGGCCGAAUGGUACGACCCCAGUGCCGCACUCCUGCGGCGCUACCAGCUGCUGUUUUACCCCAAAGACGGCACCGUGGAGAUGUUUGACGUGAAGAACCAGCGCAUCUUUCUGAGGAGAACGAAGUACGACGAGCUUCACCAGGAAGACCUUUUCGUAGGCAACCGCAUUAAUGUGUUCUCCCGACAGCUUAAUCUGAUUGGCUACGGGGACCAGUACACAGCUAACAAACUGGGCAGCAAAAAAGAAAGGACAUUGGCCAUGAUCAAGCCGGAUGCAGUCACCAAAAUGGGAGAUAUAAUACAGUUGAUAUAUGAAGCCAACCUUAUCGUCACGAAAGCCAAAAUGACAAAGUUGACAUGGAAGCAGGCGGCAGACUUUUACACGGAACAUCAGUCAAAGUCUUUUUUCAAUAACCUGCUGCAGUUUGUGACCUCUGGUCCGGUCAUUGCCAUGGAGCUGAUGGGCGAUGAUGCCGUUUCUGCCUGGAGGAAGCUUCUUGGCCCGACGGACUCCGGCGUGGCACGGAAAGAGGCGGCGUCCAGCCUCCGUGCCCAGUUCGGCACAGAUGGCACCAAGAAUGCCGCGCAUGGUUCUGAUUCCCUGGCCUCUGCUGCGAGGGAACUGGAGUUUUUCUUCCCAUCGACCGCUGGUCAUGGUCCCUGCAACACAGCAAAAUACACAGACAGCACAUGCUGUGUAAUCAAGCCACACGCCGUCUCAGAGGGUAAGGAGCAUCUCCACUCCCCGAAACCCACCCUCACCCCACUGACCUGACCUCUGACCUGAGUC